AUGGAUUUGGAAUUUGACUCUCCUACGGUGUUCAUUGAAGAUGUCACAUUACCUUCAUUGUUGACUAGUUUUAGUACAUCAACUACAAGUUCGGUAGAGUUUACAUCAUCAGAAUCAGAGUCAGAAACUACUCGAAUACCCGUUACCAAACAAAAAACAAAUAAAUGUAUUAAUUAUAAAGGUCCAAUAAAAUCAUAUUCAUUAGCUGAUUUAACGACAAUAAAAUCUUUCAAACCUCUUAUACGAGAAGAUUCAGCUAUAUAUUCAACAGAAACAUUAACCAGUGCCAUGACUUCCAGAACAGAAUCAGGUAUUCAUAACUCUAAUAGUUGUCUGAAUUCAUUAGGUAAAAAUAAGAAAAAGUAUGCACAUGUUGAGAGUAAAGUAAAACAAUACAUAAAGGAUAUUAAAGAUAAUGAAGCUAAAAGUAAAGCUACAAGAUAUAGUUUACAACCUUCGUCAAGAAAACAGCAAGUAAAUAAAUAUGUUGAUGAAAUGAUUAAAACUGAAGGUGAAGAAAUUAUAAAUCUAAAGAGUAAUUUGAAAAAACUUGAAAUUCAAUUAUUGGAGAAAAAUAGACUUAUAGAACAACUUCAAUACAAUUAUAAAGUAAUGGAAAAUAAGUAUAAUUCUGCAACAAAUAUUAUUUUAAAAUUGGCCAAACCCAGUAGAGAUGUGUUAAAAUUUACUGAAAAUGAAUUAAUAGAGCCAUUAUCCCCUGGUUAUAGUAUACCACCCCCUAAAGAAGUUUGGGGCCGUGGCUAUAAAUUAAAACCAUCCAAUACAUUAUCAGCAAUACAAAAAGAAAACUCGAAUCUAGAAAAAGAAAAUGGUCUCAAGGUUCGAAAAGUGAAAUCAGGAGGUGAUUUGAUAAAUUAUUCCAAUAUUAAUGCCUACAAAACACCAAGAGAUUCAAGAUCUGCUAUACAAAAGGUGAAGUUGUGGCAAGAAUCAUUAGCAAGCACUGAUGUUUCUGAAAUGGACACAGAUCAAGAUGUAGAAUUUCAAUCACCACAUUCAUAUUCUAUAUCAUCUAAUGACUUAUCAUUGAGUUCAUUAGAAAUUGCACCAGUGAUGAGUAAUAAGUAUCCGAAUAAACAUGAAUGCCGCAGUGAUUCAUCUGGUUGUGGUAUGUCUUCAACCAGAGUAUCUAAAGAAAAUACAUUAGUUAGUGGUAUUAAUAUAUCAGUUGAUAACAAUGAACUGUGCUCUCCCUGUGAAACUGUAAAACUACACUCUUCUACACCCAUAAAAAAUAUUGGACAUAAUUCAUAUUCAACUAAGACCAAAAACUCAACUAUAUCAAACAGACAAAACGAUGAAGCUCAAAAACGCCGUUCAUCAAAAAAACACAGAAAAUCGAAAUCUAAAAUUGAAGAAAGCGAAUGCCCAAACGAAGUAGAUGAAUUUAUGUGCCAAUUUAAACAUUGCAUUGGUGUCAUAAAUGGAGUAGUCACAAAAAUGGAAGAAAGCUUUAUGUCGCAAAGAUAA